AUGGCUGACGCCUCACGACCAGCGACAACCGUGUCGCAUCCGCGAACAGCCUUGCCUUCGCGGCCCCUCGAAAGGGGCCGUGAAAGCUCGACUACCGCCGCUUCCUCGCGACCAUCACCCGAUGGCGAGAACCAAAGACAAACCCUGAAGAACGGAAGCCGAAGUCCAAGCGCAACCAGCGCCGCAGAACCAUCUUCUAAAGGAGCUGGAUCCAAGAAGAAGCAACAGUCUGGUGCCUCGUCGAGCCACGGCCAGAUCUGCAGCAACUGCGGAACGACAGAAACACCGCUAUGGAGAAGAUCUCCGCAAGGUGCUACCAUCUGCAAUGCAUGUGGGCUCUAUCUACGAGCCAGAAACUCGGCCCGACCAACAAAUUUAAAGAAGCCACCAAAGGUAGUCUCUACGGAACUACCUCUGGCAAGCACAUCAAGAGCCGGCGACUCCGGACAAGACUCCACGCCCAAAGUCGCUGGUGCCACCUACGUUGCUGCGGAAAAGACGCCAUCGGGGACAUGCCCGGGAGGUGGACGUUGUAACGGGACAGGCGGCGCGGAGGGCUGCAAUGGUUGCCCAGCAUAUAACAAUCGCGUUUCGAAACUCAGCAUGCUACAUAGGCAAGGUGGCUGUCAAGGAGGAGAUGAGACAGCUAGCGAUGGUCCAGCCCCCAUUGACGUGAAUGCGCUGCAAGCGCAAAGCCAACAGUCAUCUGUUAUUGCUUGUUCGAAUUGUGGUACUACGAUCACGCCGCUUUGGAGAAGAGAUGGAGAGGGCAAUAUGAUUUGCAACGCAUGCGGCCUGUACUAUAGGCUCCAUGGAGUCCAUCGACCAGUGACAAUGAAAAAGGCAACGAUCAAAAGACGCAAAAGGGUAAUUCCUUCAAAUCAAGAGGAGGAAGGCGAAGAUGGGGAUUUGGCGAUGGACUCACCCAGCAACGAGACUACACCCGAACGAGGCACCAUGAAUGAUGACGGAUCUAUCAAUCUCGGACUACGUCGAAAGCCCGAGGACCCUGUGCCAAUGGAUUUGGACACGCCACGACAUGAAGCGAAGCACCCAUCACCUCUUCCAGUGCCACUACCGUCUGCAUCGGACUUGGCAGCCUAUCGCCAAACCCCGUCCUCAACUCGAAAUGCGCAGACUUUCUUGAAUGACGAGAACCGAUUACCACCUCUCACGUCAAUGACAGCCGGCUCCGAAAGACAGUCGUCAUUGUCGCCUUCUUCAUUCAUCUCGCCUCGUAGGAAAAGAUCAUUUUCCGCUACAGAUCCUGCUUCUGUUGUCGGCACAGAGGGAGGCUACGACAGUGCCAAGCGCGUGUCGUCCAUUAGGGAUAUACUGAAUCCAGCGUCAAACUCGACUUACGAAGCAAGGGGUGGCAAACCAGAGUACUCACUUGCGCCGCUGAGAUCUCCGGCUGAGGGCUUUACGCCGGUUAAUCGCCCCAGUGCGUAUUCUUCGCGUGAUGGCACCCCGACGCAGAAUAAUCAGGAAAAUGAUCAAAGAGCAGAACGAACACAGCUGCUGGAAAGAGAAACGGAAAAGAUGCGUGAGAUGCUCGCUGCAAAGGAGCGAGAACUGUACAAACUCAGGUCCAGCUGA